UAAUACGCAGCUUCAAUCUAUCUUCUCGCCACACUUUCCAAAGCCAAGGAGUAAAAACGAGACAAGCUAAUCCUUCAACCUAGGGCAAGCGGCGGCCGACUGGUGAUCGGCGAGCUAGAGACGGACCUUGAGCGAGGCGGACUAGUGCGACUCACGACGGACGGGAGGUGGUGCAUGACGAAGUCUGAUGGCUUCGGCCGGCUAAAGGCGGCGGCGCUGCGACGGACGAAGUCGGGCUUGGACGGCGGAGGGCAUCUUGUUGGUGGCGUUCAGGCCAUCCUCAGACAGCCUACGCGGGCCGCACUUGGUGGCCGUCUUCUUGACCGCUGCUUCCGUAGCAGAGCUUGGUUCUCCCACCGGCGACGAGGCUUACGUCAACUAUCCGCCUUGCUCAACUUAGUAGUUUUCGUUGCUAAACUUUAUAUCAUUGGAUGUUAAUUGUUAUUUGUCCUGCGGUGAAUAAAGGCUAUAUCAUGGACUCUCUCCCGGGAUCAUGCGAUAUAAGCACUUUGCAGAAAGAAUUAACGAUAGCAUUCAAGAUUGCUUCUUCUUCCCAAGGAAACGGAAAAUCUAUUAAAUGGGAAAAUCUUAAGUGUGUGAGACAAGUUGGAGCGAAAGCAUGUGGAUAUUACGUGAUGCGUUUUUUGUGGGAGGUUUGCUUUGUUCAUCAAGGAAGCAGUGAUAUUGGAAAGGUAUCAUUGAUUGGAUAUCAAGGUCGGAAUCAUAUUCUUCCGAAGAAAUUGAUGAAAUUCGAAAUGUUUGGUGUAGGCAUUUUAUGGAUGUAAUAAUGGAGUUGUAGAUUUAUUUGGGCAAGUUGUUUGUGUAACUAUGACUUUGUUAUAUCGCUAUAAUUUAGUACUUAAAUUGUUAUGUAAUUUGAAUUGAUAUGUUUGGUUUGAAAGAAUUUGUAUUAAUUUUUUUUGUUAAACAGGUGA